GCGCAACUGAUAUAUACCAUGUCUCUAGUCGAUACUCUACUCCGCCCAAACAUGCGGGAUCCUCUCCCGCCCCCAUCGCUGCUUGUGCAGGCAACCAAGUCGUUUGCUGACAGACUCGGCCUGACGACGCUGCCUUACCACGUUCACGAGAUCCUGCUUGGCUUCCUCGGCUACCACUUCAUCCUCUACGUGCUUUCGCCCGCCGUGUCGCGCCUCGUCUGCCCAAAGACAUACCAUGGAUUCGACAAGCGCACGCGUUUCAACUGGGACAUCCACUGGGUCUCUAUGAUCCAAGCCCUGUUCAUCUGCGCCGCCGCGCUGUGGGUCAUCAUCAAGGACGAGCAGCGCCACGAGAUGGACUGGAGGGGCCGCCUCUGGGGCUACACGCCCGCCAGCGGCAUGGUCCAAGGUUUCGCAGCCGGCUACUUCCUAUGGGACCUCCAGAUAUCCGCCCAAUACAUCAACAUUGCCGGCACCAGUGCGCUGAUCCACGCCAUUGGCGCCUUAGCCGUAACGUGUAUUGGCUUUAAACCAUUUGGAAACUACUACGGUCUCUCCUUUGUGCUCUACGAACUAUCCACCCCUUUUCUCAACGUCCACUGGUUUUGCGACAAGCUCGGCAUGACGGGCUCCAAGCUGCAGCUCUACAACGGCAUUGCGCUCCUCGUCACCUUUUUCGGCUGCCGCAUCGUCUGGGGAACCUACCAGUCCAUUAUGAUUUACUCGGACAUUUACAGGGCCCUGACCAUGUCCCACGCCGACCCCAUGAGCUCCUUGUUGGAAACCCAGAAAUGCGAUGCCACAAGCACAAACAACAGCAGCAUGGGCCUCGACGACCCAGGAAACUGCUCCAUUGGCGAUCUACCCAUGUGGUUGGUAUGUGUGUAUCUGGUUGGCAACACGGCGCUGAGCAUGCUCAACUUCUUCUGGUUCAACCAGAUGAUCAAGGCCGUGCGAAAGCGCUUUGUACCUGCGGAUGCAAAAGCCCAGGCAAAGAAGAGCCAGUGAUUCGGAAAUGAAAUGUUGCAUGUGUCUUGAGAUGAGUUGGGGAAAUGGAUCUAAG